UUCAACUUCCUCUUUCUUUCUCUCUCUCUCUCUCCCCCCCUUUCUCUGUAUCAAUCUCUUCUUCUGCUUAUGGGAAUCGAAAUGGACUACAAAAUCAAGACCACCACUUCACCCUCUUCCUCUUGCUCUCCUCCUCCUCCUCCACCUCUGCCUUCACAACCACAAUCGCCGCCGUCUCCGGUGGUGGUUUCGCCUUGUGCCGCCUGCAAGAUCCUCCGCCGUCGCUGCGUCGAGAAGUGUGUUCUGGCGCCUUACUUCCCGCCGACCGAUCCGCUCAAGUUCACCAUUGCUCAUAGAGUCUUCGGAGCCAGCAACAUCAUCAAGUUCUUGCAGGAACUUCCAGAGUCACAAAGAGCAGAUGCAGUGAGCAGCAUGGUGUACGAAGCAAAUGCGAGGAUAAGGGACCCAGUGUAUGGUUGUGCUGGAGCCAUAUGCCAGCUUCAGAAGCAAGUGAGCGAGCUGCAAGGUCAGCUAGCCAAGGCUCAAGCCGAGCUGGUCAACAUGCAGUGCCAACAAGCCAACUUGGUGGCUCUCAUUUGCAUGGAAAUGAGCCAAUCUCACCCUGAGCCUCACUCCAUGGUGGCGUCUCAGUCGGCUCAGCUGCCACCCCACGAAGAUAUGAGCUGCUUGUUAGAUGACAACAGCAUGAACAACCUCGGCUCGGCUUGGCCUUGGGAGCCUCUUUGGACAUGAGCUGAAAAAUAUUAUAUAUUUGUUUGUUAGGUUAUAUUUAUAUCUAGUAUCAUUAUCAUUAGAGAGACUAAUUUAAUGGAAAAUUAUAUAUAUUACAGCGAGUAAACUUU